AUGGACAGGUUUCUCCACCACAACCGAGGGCUGAUCCAGUCCAUCACCGGCACCUCUGUCUCUCAGAACGUGGUUAUCGCCAUGUCUGGCAUUUCCAAGGUCUUCGUUGGGGAGGUGGUGGAGGAAGCACUGGAUGUGUGCGAGAAGUGGGGGGAGCUGCCACCUCUGCAGCCCAAACACAUGCGAGAGGCGGUCAGGAGGCUCAAGUCACGAGGACAGAUCCCCAAUUCCAAAUAUAAGAAGAUCAUCUUCCACUGAAGUGUCCCAAGAGCAGCAAGAGGAGACAGAAGUUAAAACAAGCUUCCUGUCGUGAACCUCACAACAGUUACAGCAGAGCUAUGGGACCGAAGCUGCCUCAGGAGCGUUGUGUACAGACUUAAGUGACUGCAGGGAGGCUUCCUGCUGUCACUGCUGAAGUCUGGCUUGUCAUCCCAGCACUACGCAGAAGCGGGCGGGAGCCAAAUCCCUGACCUGGAGCCUUGGGCUCCCCUGCUUCAACAGAGCAGGGGUAGGAACGUUCAAGGUCUUCAGUGUAUUUACUCAUCAGGAUCAUGCUUUCUGCUGGCACAGAUGUAGCGGUGUCUAUGUACAGAAGUGUCUUUUUUUUUGUACAUUAAACUUGUUAUUGUAUUCUUAGUCUUGCUGGGAAAUACUAGUUGUGUAAUGGUGUUUGUGUGAUUCAAAGGAGGGGGAGUGCAACGUGAUGAUCUGUCUCAACCAACCCUGACACGCUCCUGAAGCUUCGCCUUGCCUCAGGCAUGUGUUGU